AUGCGUGUCGCUAUCCUGGCAGCUCUGGUGGCCGCGGCCGCGGCCGCCCCCGGCCUGGUCGGCCGUGGCGCCGGUCUGGUCGGCUACGGUGCCGGUCUGGUGGGCCACGGCGGUGGCCUCGUUGGCCACGGCGUGGUCGGCCACGCCGCCAUCGGCGGUCUCGGCUACGGCCACCUGGGCGUCGGCAAGGCUGUGGCUGCCGUGCGCCCCGCGCCUAUCGUGCACGGCGUUCAUAAGGCCGUCGCCGUCGACUACGCCGAGCCGCGGCCGUACCACUACCAGUACGCCGUCGACGACCCUCACUACGGACCCAUGUUCAACAAGCACGAGGAGGCCGACGGUGCCGGUAACGUUGUGGGCUCGUACGCCGUCAACCUGCCCGACGGCCGCACCCAGAUCGUCAAGUACGUCGCCGACCACUACAACGGCUUCAACGCCGAAGUCAGCUACGAGGGCUACGCCCAGCACCCGCAGGUGGCUCGCGGCUACGGCUACGGUGGUGUCGGUGUCGGCGUGGGCCUGGGCCACGGAGCCGUGCACGCCGUGGCGCCCGUCGUCAAGCCCGUCAUCAAGACGGCCGGUCUGCUGCACUGA